AUGCACAUACUCCCAACCUGGCGAUGCUUACCUACAGAAUAUAUCGCAUCCAUCAAAGCCGAACGGCCCAACUUGCGUCGAUCUCGACCGCAUUUCAACUGCGAAUAUAUUCGCAGCAAAGUGGUGACUCGGAACGAUUACAAGGAGAUUCCAUUUGGUGUUGCUCAUGUACGGAUUGUUUACGAGAGUUACGACUUCAUAGAAGAAGAACUUGCUGCCAGCUAUCAUCCACAAAAUGUGUUUUGUUAUUCUGUUGACAAAAAAGCACCACGCUAUUUCAAUCUGCAGAUAGAAUUUCUUUCUUCGUGCUUUCCAAAUGUUUUCAUUAGCCCAGUGAGAUUCAGCGUCACUAGUCGUGGCCAUUACCAGAAUCAUGCCUAUCAUGAAUGUCUUAAACUUCUUGUACAUGUCCCUGGCUGGGAAUAUUUGAUACGCAUGCAGAAUUAUGAUAUCAUGCUGAAGUCCGUGUAUGAGACAGUUUCAAUAUUUCAAGCAUUAAAUGGAAGUAAUGAUAUUUCUGUUACUGGGUGUGAUCCUCUUCGUUGGGAUCAUUCUGCAAAAUGGGAUUUACGAUCACUAAACCUAUAUCCGGAAGGUUCGAAUGCAACAUUACCCGACUCGAACACAACCCUAAAAAUAGCUUGUGGUGUUGUACAGACGUCUUUGUCACGAGCUGCUGUCAAGUGGAUGGUAGAGACGGUUAAUCUAACUACACUACUUGACCAAUUGAAUGCUGAUGUGAUGGCUAAGAUGCCCGGGCGAGUUUCGAGACAGUGCUAUUUGAUCGGUGUCAAGUUCUCGAAGAAUCCCUCAGAAUCCGUGAAUCUUGAAAGUGCUCUUGGUGGCUUCUUCCAUUCCAAGCGACAUGAGCUUUGCAUGGAGCAAGCUUCCCAUUUCGCUAAAGCGUUUCCCAAAAAUUUUGGUGGAUGGUGA